AUCCAACGGUGCAGAAUGAAGCAAUUUCAUAAAUUUAGUUUAGUCGCGCAUCGAUGCGAAGAUCGCCUCUCUCCAAAAAUUGGAUGACUCUCUCUUCCUUUUUGUGAUUCAUGGAAUUGGAGAAGGAAGUUGAGGCAGUUGACAGUUCUAUUGAGGAAAAAGUUGAAUGUUUAGGAGAUGGAAUUCUAGAACCUUUUGUGGGUAUGGAAUUUGAUUCGGAAGAUGAUGCGAGAAAGUUUUACACCGAAUAUGCUAGGAGGGUGGGAUUUGUUGUGCGCGUUAUGCAACGUCGUCGUUCUGGGAUUGAUGGGAGGACUCUUGCUCGUCGACUUGGAUGUAAUAAACAGGGUUUCUCUCCUAAUCACAGGAUUACAAUGGGGUCGGAUAAGAAGUCUCGAUCCAGUGCACGAGAAGGUUGCAAGGCAACGAUCUUGGUGAAAAUGGAAAAGUCUGGAAAAUGGGUUGUCACAAGAUUUGAGAAAGAUCAUAAUCAUCCUUUAGUUAUUACUGCCAAUGGCUUGAGUACAGCGGGUGACAAAGAUAAGAAAAUUGAAGAACUAACUAUGGAGUUGGAGCAUCAGGAGCAACUAUGUGCACUUUACAGAGAAAGGUUGCUUAGUUUUAUGAACAGCGUUGACAAACAAACCGAAGAACUCUCUUCAAAAAUUCAAGAAAUUGUCGACAAUGUGAGAAAAGUUGAAUCUGAAGCAAAAAUGUUUUCCCACCGUAGAUAACAUAAGCAUUAAAAUAAGCUUCGGUUUAUAUAUGGUCAUGCAGAAUCUGUAUUAGAACAACAUCCAGUGCUCUGUAAUUGUACUCAUAAUCAGAUGCAAUAGAAAUUUCACACGGUUGGCCUGUC